AUAUGACUCCGUCAGGCUUGGCUUUACUCAAAACAGCAACGAUACUGGUUGUAGCAACAAGCGCCCUUAUUGAAACAGAUGCGUUCAUCAUCAUCCCAGAAGACUUCACUACACUUAGCAACGCAAUUUGGUCUUUCCUACCACCUAUCAAAAGUGGUUUGCUGUCCAAAGUCGGCCUCGGUUUCAGGCUGGGGAGAAAUGCGGAUUUUCAAGUCUUGUUCGAAAUCGGACCCCAGAUGAACAACACGAACACGAAUCGAACAGACGCAACUGUUUCGCCCAACGCAAUCGCGCCUCAGGCAAGGAGCAAAAGGACGAAAUAUUCCAAGAGGUUUAAGAAAUUGCCUAGCAAAUAAGAAAACGAUUUAAAGCUGAAUUAGACUUUAAAUUAAAUAAAUGUCUGUCUUUCUACUAAACAGCACGUUGUUACCGUCAGAUGUUUCUCUCAAGUACUUAUUUAUAAAGGAUUUGAAUUAUAAACAUGAGCAUAAACGAGAAAAGAAAAACUACAAUGUAUGUCAUUUUAAUUUUAUUGUAUUUAAUGGAUAGUAUUAAUUUAAUUUAAGUUUCUAAAUUGUAAUUACUUUCGGAGCGUUCCCAGCAUAAUACCAUAUUUGAACUAUUGAUUAACGCUCGAC